GUGUAAUGACAUUUUUAUUUCAAGUCCUUGUGUUUUUAUUGUUCGUGCGCUACAGCAAGCUCAGAAAUUGGAAAGAAUAUAUGUCAAAUCAAAAGCGCCAUCACUAUGAACUCUCUCUUUUCCUGCCAACUUUAUUGAAAGCAGUUUAUUCACGAUGUCCCGUGUUCCUUCCGUUCUCAACCCCACUGAAGAAGAUAUUCAAAUGCUCUUGGCUGCCCAAUGUCACAUUGGUACCAAGAAUGCCAACAUUCGUAUGGCUCCUUAUAUCUUCAAGCGUCGUGCUGAUGGUAUCAACUUGAUCAACGUUGGUAAGACUUGGGAAAAGCUUAUCUUGGCUGCCCGUAUUAUUGCCGCCAUUGAAAACCCUCAAGACAUCGUUGUUGUCUCUGCCCGUCCCUACGGUCAUCGUGCUGCUCUUAAGUUCGCUAAGUAUAUUGGUGCUGAAGCUAUUGUCGGUCGUUUCACUCCCGGUACUUUCACCAAUUACAUCACCCGUUCUUUCCGUGAACCUCGUUUGGUCAUCUGUACCGAUCCUCGCUCUGAUUUCCAAGCUAUUCUCGAAGCCUCUUAUGUCAACAUUCCUGUCAUUUCUUUGGCUGAUACUGAUGCUGUCCUCAAAUUCGUUGAUGUUGCUAUCCCCACCAACAACAAGGGUAAGCACGCUCUCGGUUUGAUCUACUGGCUCUUGGCUCGUGCUGUCCUCCGUCUCCGCGGUACUCUCGACUAUAACACUCCUUGGGAAGUUAUGGUUGAUAUGUUCUUCUACCGUGAUCCCGAGGAAGUUGAACGUGACAACGCCGAAGGUGAAGUCGAAGGUGACCUCGCCGCUUCUGGUGACGCCGCUGCUGCUGACUGGGUUGUUGAAGGUGAUAACGAAGGUGUUGCCGGUAUCGCCGCUGCUGCUGACUGGUCCGCUUCUGCUCCUACUGACUGGGCCGAAGAAACCGAAGCUCCUGCCUCUUCUUCUUGGGAUGCUUAAAUGCUAGUUCUUCUAAAGAACCAGAAUACAAUUUUGAAUCGUUAAGUCUUAGACUGUAGAUAUAAUUAUGUACCAUUCAAAAUCCUCUUCAAUAAAGUUAAAAUCAACAUUGAUUUAGGAAGAUUUCAA